UGAGAAUUGCCCUCAUAGGUUGAGCCGCGCGUUGAUUUGAGGGAAGGGUUGAUUAGGCUUCAACGCGAGUCAGGCUAUCCGUGGCGUCGCGCGCAUGCCACACUAAGUUAGUGGGUUUGGAAAUGCUAAAGCGCCUCCUCGCUGAUAUGCACUCGCACACAAAGCAAAGGGAUCCGCUCGCGAAACUGGGAACUAUCUACUGAUCCUCCAGGUCUUAGUACAAAACACGGGAAUCUCGUCCUCGGCAGGUCCUCUUUAUGGGAGCGGACACAAGGAUGGUUAUGUAAUGGGUCUUGGAGAAGUGCCCGGGAAACCUUCCCUUCAUGUGGAAAGCAGAAUGAGCAGGUUUCUUUCAGCUGAGAAGAAGUUUGGUUUCGACCUGAAGCACAUCAGGAAAUAAGGAAUCACAGUUAUAAAGGGAUAAUAACAGAAUAUAGAGUAGCUGCAGAACAUUCUCACUAAUCAAGAGAGGGUAUUCUGGUUCGCACCUUUGGAUUGUACGUUUUUUGCCUGGCUGGCAGGAAAACAUUUUGGAGUACGUUAUUUGGAUCUUGUGAAAUAUCCUAAAUCUUUGGAAAAGCAGACGAAUAAGCCCGACAGAUCAGAGCCCAACGCUUGCCCAUCAUGGAAAUUGAAAUGCUGAUGUUAUAAAGAUACAUUUAUGGUCAAAUGACCGUCUUUACGCGCUCUCUAAUCUAACUACCCGAGCCUAUCUAUGAGAUGGAAAAACGGGGACUCAACGGCGUCCUUUAUUAUUUAAUUCUUAAUGCACCCUUGUUAUUCUGUGUAAAUGCUACAUUUACUGAAGUGCCCAAAGAUGUGAGUGUCAGUGAGGGAGAAGACGUUGAGAUGCCGUGCGCCUUUCGGGCCAUCGGAUCAUCGCCCUUCUCGCUUGAGAUCCAGUGGUGGUACCUAAAGGAGACAACACCUAAAGAACAUGUACACGAACUGCAAAUAAGCGCUCCGGCGAACAGAGCCAAGGUCACUCAAAAGGAUGCCACAAAAAUAAGCACUGUGAGGGUGCAGGGCAGCGCCAUAUCUCACAGGCUUAGUCUGUCCAAGGUGCGGAAGGAGGACGAAGGGGUGUAUGAGUGCCGAGUUUCCGACUUGUACUCCGACGAGACUCAGGAAUACAAGGUUCAAGCCACCCUCCGGGUGAGUCCGCGUGAUGGCAUGGUGGCCGAGGAGGCCGUGUCCCACAUCCAGAAUAGAUGGCCACUGAGGAACAGCAAGGACGCGGUGGCAGGGGGGCGGGCUACCUCUGAGCCGGGUCAGGGAAAGCCUCGUGUGCCUCCUCCGGCGGGACAUGGCCCCCUCCCCGCCAGCACGACGACCACUGCCUCCGCAGCAAAGUCCUCAGCUUCGCCGAGGCCCGGCAAUGCGGCCAUCCUCCGACAGCAGCAUGGAGCAGGUUCUGGAGCCAUUACCACCACUGACCCGUUCCUCUUCAUCACUCUCCUGAUCCUGCAUAAGCUCCUCCCCUCCCUGUUUGCCCAGUAAGAGACUUCAACCAAACGACGACCCGAAGGUUUUUACUUUAUGUACCAAACAACGAAAGGGAAAUAUAUAUAGAUGUAAACCGUUAUGGCACAUCACUGAGGAUGAGGAAACGAAUGGCAAUGAAAGGAGAAGAACGGACUGAUGACAUAAGGACUGAAUGAAAGAAAAGGAGGAGACGGUGGUCUUCUGACUGGGACUAAUAGAGGACACGUCUAAGAACUGGAAUCAUAUGGAUUGUAUGAGAAGCAUGAAACAAGGAAUCUAUGUGAAUAGGAACUUCACCUCUGUGUCAUACACACAACCGACAUCCACUAAACGCUGCAUCCAGUUUCCAAAUAGUAUCUGCCGUGCUUCAUGCAUGGCUGUUCUUAUUUAUUUUCGGGUGGAUAUGUUUUUAUGUUUUAUUUUCUAUUUGUAUUAUAUUUUCAGUUCUAUGGAUUUUAUUUGGAAUUCAUUUUUCAGGAUUUUGAAAUUAUUUUGAUCAUAUCUGCUUUUGGUUGUUUUUAUUUUUUGUAUUCUAAAAGAGAUCCACUCCUCAUGUUUGUUCAAGUUGAUUUGCAUGAGCUGUUGAACAGAAACCCAUCAUGUUUGUUCACAGACAUCAAAGAUGGGGCUUUUUUAAAUGUUUGGUUCAUUCAUGGAGACUGUGAGCCUAAGUAGUUAUGUUGCCUCUCGCUCUCUCGCUCUCUCUCUCUCUCUCUCUCUCUCUCUCUCUCUCUCUCUCUCUCUCUCUCUCUCUCUCUCUCUCUCUCUCUCUCUAUCUCUCUCUCUCUCUCUCUCUCUCUCGCUCUCUCUCUCUCAAGCGUUGUUUCAUGAUGUAAACAAAUAUGACCUUAUAUAUUUUGAUUAAAUAAGGCACACAUUACCAUAGUUGUUGUUAGUCACCUUCAAUAAUGUUUAUUUUUAUUAAAGAUAUGGUGGUCAAAGGUAAGACAUUCAUUUAUAAAAUCAACAAAAAAAAAACGUAUUGGUAUGUUGCCAACACCAGUUGAAAUAAAAGUUGUUGUUUUUUUAAAUAAAAAUUGACAUCAAAGGCGUUAUAUGUGAACAUUGAA